ACUAAUGUCUGACCUACUGUUCACAUCGUUAAUCCUUAAUUCCUUAUCAUUCUUUAAACUUUAAAUCACACACUUGCACUCCAAAUAAACUUUUCAAAAAGAAUCGUUCCAAAAUUUGAAAUAACUAUUCCAUGUCUCUAUCCACAAAAUCAAGAACAGUAGUAAUAUACUAUUCCACACUCACUAUUCUCUGUUUGUCUUCUUCCUCAAAACUGCUAUUAUUUCCCCCCUUAAACUUGGGCCAUUCAUCUUUAAUUUAUCCUUUCCCAUAGCUAAAAAGAUCUGAAUGAAAACAUGUUGUUAGCGAAAAAAAUACCAAAACAGAUCUACACACUCAAGACUUAAUUUUCUCUCUUCCUCUCUCCUCAUUCACAUAAACAUUAAACCAAACAAACCCUUUUCAAUUCACACUCCAUUAAUCUCAAAAAUACCCACCAAAAAAAAAAAAAAACACAGAAACUAUGAACAAAAACAAUGGUGGGAAAGCGGUAGAUUUCGCGGUACAAGUUAUAAAAGGAAGAUGGUUUACAGUAUUUGCCUCCUUUCUAAUUAUGGCAGGUGCCGGUGCAACAUAUCUCUUUGCAAUAUAUUCCAAAGAGAUUAAAUCAUCAUUAGGAUAUAAUCAAUCAACCCUUAAUCUUUUGGGUUUCUUCAAAGAUUUGGGUGCUAAUGUGGGUGUUUUCUCUGGACUAAUAGCCGAAGUAAUACCCACUUGGGCAGUUUUAUUAAUUGGUUCAGCCAUGAAUUUUGCAGGUUAUUUCAUGAUUUGGCUUGCUGUUACUUACAAAAUCUCGCGCCCAAAAGUGUGGCAUAUGUGUUUGUACAUUAUGAUGGGUGCGAAUUCGCAGAACUUUGCGAAUACUGGUGCGUUGGUUACUUGUGUGAAGAACUUCCCAGAAAGUAGGGGAGUUAUGUUGGGUUUGUUAAAGGGUUAUGUGGGAUUGAGUGGUGCGGUGAUGACACAGAUUUAUUUGGCAAUUUAUGGUAAUGAUUCUAAAUCUUUGAUUUUGUUGAUUGGUUGGUUACCUGCUGCAAUUUCUGUGGUUUUUGUGUAUACAAUUAGGACGUUAAAAGUGUGUAGGCAAGAGAAUGAGAUUAAGGUUUUUUACCAUUUUUUGUAUGUGUCAAUUGGGUUGGCUUUAUUUCUUAUGAUGAUGACCAUUUUGGAGAGAACUAUGGUUUUCAGUAGAGGGGCAUAUGCUGCUAGUGCUUCUGUUGUUUGUGCUAUGUUAUUUUUGCCUUUGUUGAUUGCAAUUAAGGAAGAGUACUACUUGUUGAUUCGAAGCCGGGGGGCUGGAAUCGAAACUGGUGUUGAUGUUGAUGUUGAUGAUGAUCCUCCUCGUCCUCUUCCUUGUCCGUCUUCAAAUGGUGAUAAAUUUGUUGAUAGCGAGAAAGAGCUGCUGGAUUUUAUUGAUGGUGGUAGUAAUGAGAAGAAGAAGAAGGAUAAGUCAUGUUUUCUUACCAUAUGUAACAAGCCAGAAAGAGGGGAUGACUAUACUAUAUUGCAAGCAAUUUUUAGCAUUGAUAUGGGAAUUUUGUUCUUAGCUACAUUGUGUGGAUUGGGUGCAAGUUUAACCGCUGUUGAUAAUUUGGGACAAAUUGGGGAGUCAUUGGGGUACCCAACUAAGACAAUUAGCUCAUUUGUGUCACUAGUGAGCAUUUGGAACUAUUUUGGCAGAGUUUUUGCUGGGUUUGUCUCAGAAACGCUCUUAGCUAAGUGGAAAUUCCCACGGCCGUUAAUGAUGACACUUAUCCUGCUCCUCGCGUGCGUGGGCCACCUCCUCAUCGCGUUCCCUAUCCCAGGUUCUGUGUAUGUGGCAUCAGUGAUCAUCGGGUUCUCGUUUGGGGCUCAGUUGCCCCUGUUGUUCGCAAUCAUUUCCGAGUUGUUUGGGCUCAAGUACUACUCCACAUUGUUCAAUUGUGGGCAGUUGGCUAGCCCACUUGGGUCUUAUAUACUCAAUGUUAAGGUUACUGGGAUGUUAUAUGAUAAAGAGGCUCUUAAGGAGUUGGCUAAGAGGGGUUUAAAAAGGUCAGAUGUUAAGGAAUUAACUUGCCUUGGAACACGUUGUUAUAGGUUAUCUUUUAUAAUUUUGGCAGGCGUUACCUUAUUUGGUGCAUUGAUUUCUUUUAUAUUGGUGAUUAGAACUCGGGAGUUUUAUAAAGGAGAUAUAUAUAAGAAGUUUAGAGAGCAAGCAGAGGCAGCUCAGAAAGCUGAUAAGCAGAAGGCCCUUGUGCCUGUUAAGCCUACUGCCCAGACAACAGACUGAAGACAUGUUAUAUUUAUCUUCGAGGUAGCCAAAUGACUCGUCAUCUGAUUAGUGACGCGCAUGAAUGGAUUAGACGUAAUCUCCAUUAUACUUGUCUACUAUCUAGCAUGACUGAAAACAUAUGUGAUUGUUUAAUCUCAUUGUAAUAGUUAGUUUACGGCAUAUUUGAUUAUGAUUUUUACUAGCUUAUAGAUUAGUUGUGCAAAAAAUGUAUCAAGAAGAAGAACCUUUACGAAGUUGUGAUUGGAUUAAUUUAUAGAAGUAAAUGUAUACAUUCAUGUGGUUUUUGCCGCAUGCAA